UCCCGUUAUCGAUCAGUCGCGUGUUAGUCCACCGUGACAUGGAGGAUCUCCUGCUGCAGAUCGUCCGAGAAUCCAGCAAUGCAAGACUACAAAAUUUACGAAAGUCUGCGCAGGAAGCGUGCGACUUCCUGGACAAGCAGCAGGGGUUGUUACGUGAUCCACCCCACGAGCUGCGGGCAAAAUGUCUACAUACCUUUCAGCUAGCAUUAGAAACGAAGAGGAGCAAAUUCGUCGCGUUUGGUCUGUCAGGAUUACACAAAAUGUUAAGGGACGACAGAUUCCAGUCACCCUACGAGCCAGAAGACGACUCUCUUUGGCUUCCCGCACAAAUGUUGCACGCGAUGAGUUCCAUGUUGUCACAGUCAGACGAUACGCAGACGGACAUGCUAAAAGUUCUGUUACAAGUCGCCUGUUCCUCUUAUUGGACAAUGAACGGUCGUUUAAUAAUUGCCAUUCUCACUACCUGCUGCGAGGCUUUCGAAAAUGGGAAUCAAGCGGUGAGAACCGCCGCUCAAGCUGCAACCAGUCAAACCUUGCGAUCUUUUUGCCUGUUCCUAGACGAGGAGUGUCAGGAAAUGGACGAGAACGCAAAGAAGAAUAAGAAUUUAUGGGAAAGAGGUGUCUCCUGUUUCAACGAGGCUUUGCCAAUUCUUCAAUACAUCUGCAGCAAGUUGGACGAAGCUCAAAAAAAAUCUUAUUGCAGCAAUGGCAGAAACGGAAACACCGUGGUGUUUCUACUGGAAUGCUUGCAUACCUUGAUCUCUUCCCUGCCGCAGAAAAUCCAUACGAACGCACACUUCACUACCUUCCUCUGGCAGAAAUUCUGUCCUGCGUUGAUAGCUUUCCUAGGUACACCGAGAGUCGAUAAAACGUUCACGUCUAGGGAAGGAAAAGAAAACGAAAUUGGAAGAGGAUCUGGUUAUUUGGCUACUUCUUUGAGCUUUGAUAGUCAUCAAGCUAAAACUGUUUACAGCAUUGGGACUGAAUUAGUUCGAUUAGUGGGCUGUGUGGGUCCCCUUCGUCCAGUUCUAGAAUCAGUAUUUCACAGAAUGUUACUAUACCCUCCACCCCAGCAACGCUUAGAACCUUUGAAAGCGUUGAAAGAGCUUCUGCGAAGUCCAAGUCGAAUGGUCGACUUUGCUGGGCCAUUAUUAGUGGAAGAAGACAAAUCUAGUCAUAUUCAGAGCGACAUGGCUUUAAUGAGAUUAGCUAUGGAUUCAAUCGAGGAGUCAACAACUGGUGGUUUGAGUACGUUGCACGCUAGCGUGUCGUGCGUAGUUGCAAUGCUAUCCGCUCUUCAAGAAUUAUGCGAGGGGAAGGCCAUUAAUCACACCUACACGUGCACGAUCAAUAGUUUAUACGAAGACUUGGAAUCCUGUGACUACAAGGGACCUUUGACUUAUCAAAGCAUGGCACGGUUACCAAAAACUUACAGAGAGCAACUGGAGCUCAUGAAAAAGGGGAUAGGUUCUGAUUCUGACUCUUCAGGACAUGGUCCUUCAGAAGAUGGCGAUUCCACGGACACAGAAGGUCCUCAGAACGAAUCUGACGAGGUCCAAGAAGAGAAUAGCCUGGAAGACAACGACUAUGCGAUAGAGAACGAAAGAGAGAGAUUGAGACUAGAAAAAUUACCAAAGUGUCUUCACGUGGGUCGUCAAGUAGCUGACGAAUGCAACGUGGAUAUGGAGAGGCACAACGCUAGAAAAUUUGUCAGGACGUUGAGAAGUGACCUAAUUCCCAUGGUGUUGAGCCUUAGAAGCAAUAUAGAGGUUGAUGAAGCUUUGCAGAACUUUGCUUCGGAAUACUGUCAAGGAGUUUUCACAACGCAGCAAAAGAUGCAGGAACAGACAGACACCAGUACGGAUUCGUGUGCACUGAUUACGAUCAUGAAUGCAGAUGGAAUUUAUUUGGCCACUUACGCGGCGUUGUUGUUGAAUCUGAAAUUGAUUAGGAUUAAUUACUAUCAUGAAGAUAAUCGUCAGGUUCCCAUUAGCGAGGAACAAUUUGUGGAGGAAGUACAUGGAUCUGGAGUUCUGGUCUAUCUUUCAGCAACCUGGCUGUCUGAGCUUUACCAGCAAGUCCUCGCGUGUAAUUUGCUUGAGAAAUGUGGCUACAAUCCGCACUACACGGAGAACAGCGCCCUGAUAAACGUGCUAACUGAUGUGGAUGGAAUUCCUGGAAGUCAGAGAGGCGGGCAGCUUUUGUCCGAUUACAUAAGAUUGGAAAAAGCUCAACUGUCUCGAAGUGAACCAACACCGGAAGCAGAAGCGGGAGCGAAACUUUCGAGGAGAGUACUGACGUGUUGCUGGAGAAGCAUGAUGACCGUGUUGACGACAGGAUUGAAUCCUCCUAAGGAACAGAAUAACAAAGGAAUAUUGAGUAGAGACGGUGGUAGACGAGGUAUCAGAGAUACCGUCAUCUUGUCUUUAGAAGGACUUCACAAAGCUGCAAGUCUGAGUAACGUAUUAGGUCUACAAAAUCGUUGUGGUUCCAUCUUCGCUCUAUUAGUGAAAGCAGCCUGUACCGAGCAGUCCAUCUCGAAAAUUACGAGAACGAAGGAUGUUCUACGUCUGAAAUUGCAAAAUAGGGCAACCAAUAUUCACACGUCUCACGCACUGAGUAUGGACGUGCUUUUAGGAAAAGGUUUAGAGCUUGGAAGUCAUGGUAGCGAUUGUUGGCCUCACGUUUUCACGUGUUGCUUGUACGUGAGCAAACUGGAGCACGAUUUCUUUGGAAGGAAUCAGAAUCCAUCGUUGCCUAAAACCCAACAAAAGAAAGAAAAGAAAGAUAGUUCAAAUGGAGAUCCAAAGGGAAGCCAAGAUAGAUUGAAACUUAAUUUCAACAUCACCGAAGAAGAAGAAACAUGUGUGGAUGUCUACAGUUUCCUAUCCAGUCCAUAUACACAUAACUCCAAUACAGAUACAAUUCCAGAAAUAAUCCAAGAAUCGAAUGCAGACAGUCAAUUUAAUGGAAUACUUCCAGCUGACUACGCUGCGAAAAUAAUCUGUGUUCUAUCUCAACAAGUCGACAGACUAUUCGAAAACGCUGCAUUGAAAUUGAACCUUAAAGCGUUGUGUUUAUUUCUGACUGCCCUUUGCAAAGCCAGUAAGGCUCAGUUAUUCAAAACUACGGAUGGGUUCAAAGAUAAUAAGAAAUUUUGGUGGAGAAGAAGCAAACCCAGAGAAAAUGAAAUGAACGUGUUGCUUUUGGCUCGAUUGGGGGAAGUUAUGCUAAAGUGUGUGAAGAGCGGAAGACCUCUGAUUCAUAUAAUGAGGAUUUGGAGUAUCCUAGGGCCACACUUUAUGGAGGCAGCUUGUCACAAGGAUCGUGGCAUUUCGAAAAAAGCAGUACAAUGUAUUCACGAUUCAAUGGCAGCUUUACUGAACGAACAAGUGGAAUUACCUCACUUCCACUUCAACGAGGCUCUCUUCAAACCUUUCGAGAACCUAUUGUGCCUGGAACUUUGCGACAGUGACGUUCAAGAUCAAAUUGUCAGUUGCAUCUGCGAGUUCGUAGAGACCAACAGAACCGAGAUUCGAUCAGGUUGGCGUCCACUUUUCGGAGCGCUACGCGUAGCUUCCGUCGGCAACUCAGAUUCCGUGGAGUCUGCGCCACUCUUGGAAGUCUUCAGGGUUUUUCUCUCCACGGACAACACCCUCGUAUUCGCCAAUGCAGCACUAGAUUGCAUUCUAUGCCUUUUGAAACACGUGCGAGGCAUCGGUGACACGGAGAGCCACCAAGAUGACCAGGACCAAGUCGACAUCGCAGAAUCCCGUAAAAUGAGACUCUGCGUCGAGAGUCUCAAGUAUCUCCUGAGCUGCAGCGAUAUUCUUGCGUCGAUGUACGGUAUGCCGGCUUGCCCGAUCUUCCAUUCAGCCCAGAGAAUCCAGGUCUCCACCAUUCCUCAAUACGUCGAUCCAACGAUACCCAACUCCGAGCUGAUCAGGUUCGACAAGCACGUUGAGUCGAUGCAGGAGAUGAUACCUGAAAAAUCGCACGAUAUAUUAAUGGACAAUGUUCAUACAAUUACUACGUUACAAAGCAUGGACAAGCCGAGCGGGAUCUUGCGAGUCUGGUACAUUUUGAUCGAGGGCCUGGCAAGCGCUACCAUGAUCUGCCCUAAACGUUACCAACCACACACGUUGGAAACCUUGUUCCAUUUGCUGAGAGACACGUUGAACGUCCCCGGGCCAACCUUUGGUCUGUACUGCGUGAAUCAUCUGCUUUUGCCUAUGGUGCAGAAUUGGUUGAGGAGGACCUCGAAGAUCUUUAGAGGAUGGGACAAUUUCGCGCCGAAUUUUAAGCAGUGCUGCGGAUUGACUACGGAUUUGGUUGUUGAUUAUUUAACUCACUUGCAAGGACCCGAGGUUGUUAGAAACGAUGCCUAUUUACCAGCCACGACGCUGAUGUUGAAGCAGUUGUUGCUAGUGAUGGCGGAAUGCGUGGUCCAACCUACGGAAAGUAUAGCUCGUCUAGGCUGUGCCUGUAUUAGGCACGUUCUGGUAAGCAGCGGGCCGCUACUCACCCCAGAACAAUGGGAGGUCUGCGGUGUCGCCUGUUACCGCGCUUGUUCAAAUUCCCUGCAAGAGCUGCACCAGUUGACCAUGGCUUUCUCGCCGAGGUCCGAGUCCUUUUACGGUGACGUUGCACAGGUCAAGGUCGCCGCGCGACGGGAUGCGACGAUCGAAGAGUCCGAGAGGCUACGACAGCUCGCUGCUCAGGUGUUCCUCUUGGAGGAACAACGCGGCGAAGAUACUUCGAGAAGAUCCGACGACAGAUCCUACGUUUUCCUUCUGUAUCCACCCUCGGUGGGUUCCACACUCAAUCCCGAUCUUUAUAUCGUUAGAGUUCAGCUGAGAGCGUUGGUUGUCGGCCUCCUGGUCCAUCAGAUGCUUCUUCAUUGCAUCGCCAGUAUACUAUUGCAAGGUCCUGACUCGUCCUAUCCUAGCUUGUCAGUGGUCAUACCACAAUCGGCAGCAUCCACGUCGCCGAAAUCAGUGACGCCAGGCUUCCUGUCUUGUUUAGCCAGCCAUCACAUAGACAUCUUCCUCUCAGCCUUGGACCUGUCCUAUGCAACAGCCCUAAAAUUCGACUGUCGUCCCGGAUUGAAAUUCCUAGUACAGAAGGUAGCGAACCUCCCUCAACCAGCGAAUCUCUAUCGACAGGCUGGAGUGGCUUGGACGAUCAAGAUCAUCACGCUGUUCGAGCUUUGUCUCCACGAGAUAGAGAACACCCAAGCAACCCUGGAAGUCGUGAAGACGAUCCUCACCUCGAGUCCCGAGGACAAGGAGCUUCUCAAAAGUCCCACUCUGCGAAAACUCGUCAAGUACCUGCGACAGUUGCGAACGACCUUCGAGGAACUUUGCGAAAGUUACGUGGAAGUGGUUCUGGACGAGGACGGGAGGCACACGAGGGUAGACAGUUUCUCCGAGAGGAAAAUAUUUCUGUUGGUAGCGCAGCCGGACGAUUUCCCGGAGAUCACCUGCAAAGAGCCGAUCGGCGACAGAGCUCUAGCCACCCCAGCGCCGGUGAAAUUGCCAGCAGAUCCGGAAGAGGAUGCGGAAGAUCAGCUGGAUCAAGAGGAUCAAGAGGACAUUGAGAACUACAAUCCGAACUUCGACGACGAAAGUGGAUUAGAGGAACUUGGUCCGGAGUGUGAAGACGAUCCGAGGCCUUUCAGACUGUCUGACCUAGCGGUGGAGUAUUCCACUGACUCCGGUCCUCAGUCCGAGCCAGAGACUGACGACUCGAGACCAGUUUCUAGGUUGGGCUCCGUCACGGAGAAAGUUGUGUAUCCGGAUAGAUCUGGCGGCACCUCUAGCGAGGGAUACAUAGACGGGAAAUGCAGUUCGACUACACCGGCGUCGUUGCAACUGAUCAACGCUAGGGACAAUUUGUGUUACAAGUUCGGCUCGCUGAGGAGAACAGAGUCUGUGGAUUCGUUCGGCACUUCUGUUUUGGAGAUCAAAUCUACGAACACUGGUCUGACGUACGACGAGGUCGACCUGUUCAGAAAAUCGAGACUGGAGAGAAGAAGAAGCGAUGCCUGCUUGUUGACUCGGAAGAGCUCCCUGAGAUUUGUCGAACCGAUCGGGAUCGACGACUCGGAGAAAUUCAUGAGAUUCAGCUCUGGUAAUAUUCGAUGUAGAUCGGUGAUGGAACUGAGAAAGAGAGCUGGAUCCACCGUGGCUGGAUCUACCGUGUCUGGGUCGUCGAAUGACUUCGAGAUGUCCUCGCGUGUUUCUUCGAAAGUUGGGGUGAAAGAGGAGGACGAUCUGCCGAAGAUUUUUGACAACAUAGACGAGUUGCUGCGUGACUAUGAACGGAGUAAGCGAGGAUUUAGAACGAAUCCGUUCUUGAGAAAGAAUGGAGAAGAUUCUAACGCGGAGACUGAAGAAUCGCCGAGGCGGGAGUUCGUGUUUUGCAGGAAGAAUAACGUCUGCAAGGAUAGCGAGGCUCACAGGAACGCUUGGGCCGAGAUGUUGAGCACGGUUUUGGACUGGACUUUGGCUUUGUCUGACGAUCAACUGAUUCCGCUGCUUCCUGUUUUCGUCAGUGGUGUGAGAGUACUGACACGGUACGCGGUCGACCAGGUUCUCAAGCAACGAUUGUCCACGCUUUUCCAUCGAAUUGCAGUGUUGUACGGGCUGACGAGCAAUUAGGAACAGCUUCAAUACAUCUGGGAACAGAUGUAUUUUCACAAUUCGUUCUGAAGUAGACGAUGGAUGUUAAUCAUUGAAAAGAUGUCUGCUGAAACUGUCUUCGUCGUUUGCAAAGUUUCUGUGUCUUCGUGAUUGACGACUCUUCGAACAACAUAUGCAAUAUAUAUAACUGGUUUCAGUCAAUAUAUUCGUAAUAAAUAUUAAAUCUUCAAUUUUAAGACGAAGAACAUUAAUAGACUGAUGAUUAGAGUCAAUCUACGAGAUUAAGAUGAACAGCAAGGGGAAUAAUCAGCGAAUGAUUUCAAUGAACACGUUAAGCACCUGCGUUCUCAACGUUCCUUAUCUUACUGAAAUUUUAAGGACCACUCUACGUGUCAUGCUUAUUAAAUAAAUUUCAGAGAACAACUUAGAAAUUCGACGAGGGAACAAAGUAUAAAGUUCACAGUAAUCAAACAGAAAGGGAGAAAGAAAUAAUAAAGAUUUUACGACUGAUGGAUCGAAAAUCGAAAAUUUUGUUACUUCAUAAAGAAAUAGAUUUUCAGAAGAACUUCAUGUGAUAUAUUAAAAAACGAGAGGGGGAAAAAAUAAGAUGAAUUCAAGGAGAUUAUCAAGAAGAUCAAAAAUCAUUUCGUUACUUCGGCUUUAUGAAUAACUGAAUGAUUUCGAAGUUCGAAAAGGAAACCGAUAAGAGAGAUUUCACAAUCAUCGAGAAGAUCAAAGAUAGCUACUAUAAUUUGUGACUUCACGAAGAAUCGACUGAUUUCCAAUUCGAAUAAUCAGACACGCCGCGGACAUGAUAAAAAAUAUUCGAGAAAGAAGAGAAUAAUUAAUUGCAAACAAAUAUAAAGAACUGGAUGAGAUUUUUAAUUUCUAUCGUCGUAUGUAUUAAUAAUUAACAAUGUCCAAAAAGAUGAUCCGUAUCAAGGUCUAUGUUCUCCGUCGUCUUUUUCCAAAUUUUAAAAUCAAACUCGAAAUAUCCUAAUUCUCGUUUCUUCUUUACCAAAUACAAUGAACGAUUUCUUUAAAGAAAAAAAGAACUGACGUAAGAGAAAGAUAGCACGAUCAGUAUGACCAAAGAUCGUUUCGAACACGAGUUCUCAACCUCGCGAGGAAUCGAACGACUUCGAGCUGGUGAUGCACGCAACAGAACGACGUAAUUUCGAUUGUUUCCUCGAAGAAGAGGAACGACGUCCUCUUUUGAGCGUAUAGGCCUCGCCUAUCUCUAGUUUACCGCUGAGACGCGUCGACACGGAAAGACAAGGAUUUUAUUUACGAUCUACUCUGCACGCACGUCUUCUCGAUUCUCAUUUUAUGCUCUUUGCGCUUAACUGUAGUUUGCGGUCCAGUCGCAGAGAGUCGGACGUACCGUGGGGGGUUUUACUUCCACCUCGCAUCGGUCGGACACACGCGUCGCGACCAGUUCGAUACAUUUCGUCAGCUGCCAACGCAGGUUGCCUAUUGAUUCUUCACAAGUUUUUCAGAGUAUCCUAGAAAAGAAAAAGGAAAAGUGAGAAACUAGCGAAUUUUUUUUUAAAGAACUCUAGAAUUUCUUUUUAGACUAGCCACUUUGGAAAAUUAUAGUACUUCUUUCUUCAAUUCAAAAAAUUCUUUCUUGAAGAAAUGUAGAAUUUCUUUUUAGAGAGUGUUUCGAAAGAAUUCUUUUACGAAGAGUUAUGAAAUUUCUUUUCCCUUCUUUUUUCUUUUUUUUAAAGAAAACGGAGGAAAUUUCGUAAAGAAUCUCAGAGCGAUUCUUCUGCCUUAACAUUUCCGGAAGCGAACCGAGAACUUCUAGAAAUAGGGAAGCGAGUUACACGUGAUCUUCUAGAUUUCUAAAGAUUCUCAGAAUGUUUCUUACUUGGACACGUUACUUUAUCCACGAGCCGGAUAUAUCAGAGGGUAACUGUUAUUAAUAUAAAAGACGAAGGCGUAAUUACCGUGUUAAGAUUAAAAAAAUCGACGAUCUUUAAGUUUCCAAGCUAAUAACAAAUCGCCUAUAGUAAAGGAAUAAUUAAACUUUGAACGAGCAGGGAAGGAAUUUUGAUCGGUAGAAAGCUUUCUGAUUUUUGCCAAAAAGGAAAAUUUCUCGAAAUGCAUACCGAAGAUAAACCGUAGCGAAACGAGACGAAGACGAGAUGAAAAUGAUGCUAUAUUCUUUUGUAAAUAGUAAAAAACGCCACUGGUGUAUGACUACGCGAUCAAACCAGAUGGGUUAGUUAUACAGUGACUCAAAAAAUUGAUUUCGUCUGUUCAGGUUUUCACAGCUUAUCCACUGUGAUCAUUGUUUUCUCAGUAUUCAGAAUCAGACGAGUUUGCAUUUCCUUAAAGACGCAUGGAAAUUCGAAUUAUUUCAAAAACGUCUGCUUUGUGCUAUAAAUACCCAUGUAUAAAGUAAAAUAUAAUAAUUGCAACGUCAAUUUCUGAGUACGUCUCGAAAUCUCAAAAUAUUCAUGAAAAAAUCAAAUGAAAAGAAUAUGUCAUAUUCUUUUAAAAGAAUAAGUUUCAUUGAAACGAGUAUUGUAAAGUUACAUCGAGAAUUCUAGAAAUUGAUCAAAUCUCGUUCAAUAAGAAUUAAAGCAGAUUCGAUCAGUUUUUCGAGUGACUGUAUUUUUAUCGUUGAUUUGUACUGUUCUCAUAUUUAGCCAACGACUAGCAAAUGAUUCGUUAGUUUCGUUUUGUUGCUUCGAUAUAUAUUAUACAUAUAUUUUGUAUAUCGUUUGUAAGUUAGUGACGAGGGGAGGAUAAAUACCGACUGUUAUACAAGUCCAUCGACUCCACGAAUUUUCUAAUUCUGUCCUGAGAUAAUUCCAUCGGUGUUGUACAAGUAUUGUUGAGCGUUGGAUCGUUUAAACGAAGAAAAAAAAUGUGGAGGGAUUACUAAUUGAUAAUAAAACGUGCCUACGUAGACCCUGUCCCUUUUUGUUUUUUCUUUUUCAAUUUUUUCUUUUUUUUUUAAGCAACACACCAAAAGAAAAAAGAAUAAGUAAACG